GACUUGUAUACCUCGCUGACAGUCUCUUUCUUCCCGAGGAACGGUGCUUUUAACAUGCCUCCAUCAGGCAUUCCUGCAAAAAGGGCUCUGCCCCCCAAAGAGUCUUCGCUUUUCAAAGAGGUUCUCAACUUAUACGAGUCGAAGCAACUCAAGAAAGGUCUCAAAACAGCGGACUUGAUCCUCAAGAAGUAUCCUGAACAUGGAGAGACUCUUUGUAUGAAGGGUCUGAUUUUGACCCACAUGGGUCGCCGAGAAGAAGGCCUUGAACUCGUAAAGAAAGGCGUUCGUCUGGACCUGACUUCCCAUAUCUGCUGGCACGUCUUCGGUCUGAUACAGAAGGGCGAAAAGAACUAUGAGGAAGCUCUCAAGUCGUAUACUCAGGCCUUGCGAUUCGACAAGGAAAAUUUGAAUAUUCUACGGGACGCUGCUCAUCUUCAAACUCAACUUCGCCACUUUGACGGUCUUGUAGAGACUCGACAUACCCUGUUGCGUCUUAGACCUAACCUUCGGCAAAAUUGGAUCGGACUCGCGGUUGCAUAUCAUCUAAACGGUAACCUAACAGAGACUAAGAAAGUCGUAGAGCACUAUGAACGAACCCUGAAGAACGUUCCAGAUUACGACGUAGAACACUCCGAGGUUCUUUUGUACCAUGUCCGGGUCCUGGAAGAGCUCGGAGAGCUCGCCGAAGCACUCAACCUACUGGAUGUGAACGCGAAAUCUAGAGCUAUCAUAGACCGCACUGCUAUAAUGGAAUACAGAGCUCGAAUAUUGUCGAAGAUGAAGAAUGUCGAGGAUGCUGAGCACACAUGGCAAGCCCUCAUCCAGCAGAACCCGGACAACUACGAUUAUUUCAAGGGCUAUUUCUCAAACCAGGGAUUGGAUCUUUUUCAGGUGACUGAAGAGACUCGUGACAAAGCGCUGCAAAUCCUUCGCGAGUUCUCAACACAGCUUCCACGAGCCGCUGCACCUCGCCGACUGGCGCUUGGUGUUGCGACAGGGGACGAGUUCAAGCAACUCGCAGAAGCGUAUCUCAUUUCCGCACUUGAGAAGGGUAUUCCGUCCCUCUUCACUGAUAUCAAAGCGCUCUACAAAGAACCCUCCAAGCAGGAAUCAAUCCAGGGCAUUGUCGAAUCUCAUCGCGAAAGGCUGUCCUCCCCGUCCCCUCCCUCUCCAUCAUCCGAAUCCGAACCUCCAACGACGUACCUCUGGACUCUCUACUUCCUCGCUCAGCAUUAUUCAUUCAUUGGCCAACAUAUCAAUUCAUUGGCACUGCUUGAGACAGCACUCAAGCACACUCCAACUUUGCCUGAAUUAUUCAUGUUCAGAGCACGAGUGCUUAAGAGGCUUGGAGAUCCUUUUGGUGCUGCACGAUGCAUGGACGAAGCUAGGCUCUUAGAUUUGCAAGAUCGAUUCUUGAAUACGAAAGUUGGGAAAUACAGGCUACGAGCGGGUAUGGAGGAGGAAGCUCAGGAAGUGCUCGGGCUUUUCACUAAAAAAGAUGCGUCUAGUCCUGGGGCGGACCUUGAAGAUAUGCAAUCCCUACUGUUCCUCACUGAAGAUGCUUCAUGUCAUCAUCGGAAUGGGAACUUGGGUAUGGCUCUGAAGAGAUACCACAGUGUUCAAAAGGUUUUCAACGAAGUUGAGGAUGACCAAUACGACUUCCACGGAUAUUCCCUACGCAGGUUCACCAUCAAUGUUUACCUGGAGAUGAUUCCUUGGGCUGACAGAUUGCGAUCUCAUGUCGCUUACGUGCAGUCUGCCAUUGCAGCUUCGCAGAUAUACGUCAGGCUGCACGAUGAUCCAUCAAUAGCUACAAAGUCUUCAGCUGACAACUUGACUGACGCUGAGAAGAAGGCGAAGAAAAAGGCGAAGAAAGCUGCUCAAAAGGUGCAAGAGGAGGCAAAGAAAGGCCAUCCUCAAACUAGCGCGACUGAAGACAAAGGUUUGGAACCCGGACCAGCUAAAGAUGAUGAUCCUGAUGGUUCCAAGCUAUUGAAGUCGACUGACCCACUGGACCGCGCGUGGAAGUUCCUCAGCCCGCUGGCGAUUCUUGAGCUGGAUGAUGUGGAGGCUUGGAUAGCGAUUUAUGAUGUCGCUGUACGACGGAAAAAGUUCCUGCAAGCAGUCCGGGCUCUGAACCGUGUUCACUCGUUAGACCCUGAGAACUCAGAGCUGCAUGUCCGACUAGUGCACCUGCGACACAUAGUUUUGUCGCUACCACAACCUCCACCUGAACCCAUCGGACCUGUAUUGGCAGAAGCACUGGACAAACUACUCUCUCCCGAGGUGUCCCUCGAAACUUACAACUCGCAGUAUUUGCAGCAGCAUUCGACAUCAGCUCGUUCUAUUCUCGCGUCAGCAAAGGUCUUGCAUCUAUUAGGUGCCACGCCUGCCGAGGAGAUCGACAAUACUAUCUUCAAUAUUUUCAAUCCUGAGGUGCAAGUAGAUAUUGAGGCUGCUCUCGACGUUGUCGCCUUCCUGAGGUCGAUCCGAUCGGCAAGAGUAGGAGAGUUCCGCGCAGCCUGCGACAAGAAAUUCGAGCUCUCCACAGUAUUCAAAGCACCUGCAGAGCUCAUAUCUCUUCGACGAAAAGCCAUCGCCACUAUUGAGGACGUAGAGAAGGCUAACGGGGAGAAGACAGAAGUCGUAACUUGAUACUAUCAAUAUACACGACAUGCGCUGUCUAGAGAAGCUUGCUAUAUUAUACAACAUGAAUGGUAAUGUACCGAUGCAGGAGGCCAAGUCCGGUGAUGAACAGUUCACAUGAUUUCUGAACGGCAUAGAGGACAGGUAGGCGAAUGGCUUGAGCUGAACCACUGCAUAUGAAAAAGUUGAGUACUGGGACAGCGAUCUAUCUUUAAGACAUCUUACCUUGUAUAGGCACCCAGCAUGGAACCGAUUUUUGCAUGUCUUGCAAGGCUUCUUAGGGAGACUGCCGUCCAUAGCGCUGAUAACACUGUACGCCAAUGAGUGAGACAACUUGAACAAGAAAUCCAGCACCAGUACUUACGAGUAGCAAAUUGCACAUUCUGAUUGGCCCUCGAAGUGAGAAGUAACAUUCUUCUUGAAGAAGCUGAUGCCGUCAAUGAUACUCCCGCUCUGUGU